AUGGUACGUGAUAUGGGUUUUGGAUCUUUUUUGGGAAUGAAGAUUGAUACACUAUCUGGAAAGCUAGCAUAUUUUGUUGUAGAUAGCUUCACAAUAGGUUCUUGUUCCAUAAGGGUUAAAAGUGGAGAAGUGGCCAUAACAAACGAGACAUUGGAAGCUAUGUUUGGGCUUCCGAAUAAGGGUUUGGAUUUUAACACACUGGAUGAAUGUGAUAAGAAUGAUCCUUUGCUUGAAGCUUGGAAAGGACAAUAUAGGAAGGGAAAUUAUUAUAAUGGGAACUAUUUGAAAAAUAUAAAGAAAACAAAUGUUGCGGAUGAGUUGUUUAAGCUAAAUUUCUUGACGUUAUUCGUUAACACUUUUGCUGAAACAGAGACAAUGGGGUCUUGUAGAAUUAAUUUUAUUGAAAAGUUAAUUCAAUGCGAAGAUGUAUCAAGGAUUAACUGGUGUGAGUACAUAGUGGAUUGUUUAGGAAAAAGCAAGAAUAAAUGGAAGCCAAAUGACAAAAACUGCUACUUCACAGGACCUGUAGCGCUUCUAAUGAUGGCGUAUGUAGACAGAGUGAUAUGUGAAGAUGUGAAUUUGCGUAGGCAUAGGCCCUUCAUCAUAGAAAUUGAUUCAGAGCACCUUAGAGUGUUAGAAGAAUAUGAAGUAAGCAGGGGUGUAUUUGGAAAUCUAAGUUUAAGAGAAAAUUUGGAUGGUGUGUUUUAUGAUGCGAUGAUGAAUCAAGAUCAUUCAAAAGAUAGAUCAGUUGAGGAGAGUUGUGGGAUUAUUAAGAGUAUGGUAGGAAGGUUGGUUGAGCAGAAGCAUGUUGUAGAGGCAAGUAGUUUGAUGUGUAUGGAAAUGCAUCCGAAUAAUGAUAAAAUGAAGGCAGUGAUUAAGAAGGUUGUUGACAUCUUUAAUGGGACGACACUAAAAGCCUUAAUUGCUGAAGGGCAUGAAGAUAGAAUGAAGGUUGAUGGUAUGAGUGUGAAUGCAACAAACGGAGGACAAACAGAUGAGGAUAUGAACCAAAUGAUUACUAAUUUGACAAAUAAGAUGGUGGAGGAUUUACUUAAUGGACCAAAAGAUCAUUAUGAACCGAAUGUGGAUGCUUCAGAUCAUGGAAUGGAAGGAAUGUCCCCGACAAUUGUGAAGCCAACCGGUAUGUGCAAUGAUAAGGUUCUGUUUGAGCAUCAUGAUGGUACACAACAACAAAAUAUAGGAAUGGACGUUGUAAUGUACAAUGGGAAUUCUACUUUUGAUUCUCCUUGUAUAUUAACACCUGGUUGGAUAAAGCAAGCUGAUGAAAUAGAAAGGAAUAACUCUAAAAGGAGUAGUAUGUUUAAUAAUGAUUGUCCAUCGUUUGAAGCUAUACUUAAUGAAUGCGCAGAUGAGAUGAAUACUUCGAAAGGGAAUGAAGGAAAAGAUGAUGCAAUUGUGGAAUAG